UGGAGAAGUCCCAUUAGAAGUAAACGCCAUGUUGACGAUAUGAUUCGAAUAUUAGAAAUGUCCCAAAACGAUUAUAACAUACCUACAGAGAAAUCAUCCAACCGCUAUAUCCCAUAUGGUAGUAAAUAUAAAGGCAAAACAUACAUAUAUGUAGAAGGAGAAGAACCAGAUGAUUAUAUUGGUAAUAUAUCUUCCUCUGAUAUUACUUCGUCAUCAGAAAGUGAGUAUGAAGAACUGGAUAUAAAUGAUAUAUAUCCAUAUAAAUCUCCAAAAUAUAAAACUCUGAUCGAGGUAGUACUAAAACCAAGCAACAAAACAUAUGAUGCAGAAAAUAUACAUAUUAAUAAUAAUAUGGAGGAUAGUAUUGAUACACCCAACAAUAAACUUACGGAUAAUGAAUGGAAUGAAUUAAAACACGAUUUUAUUUUGAACAUGUUACAAACUGAUAAUAUGGAUUUACCUAAUGAAAAUCUUAGUGGAAACACUACAUAUAGCCCACCCAAUACUGUGGAUAGUAGUAUGGAAGAAAAACCUUUUAUUACAUCUAUCCAAGAUAGAAAAUUACAUAGUGAUAGCGAUGUUUUUAGUUAUAAUAUUGUUUGGAAUGUUCCAAAAAAUAUUAGCUCUAAUAGUACAGAUGAUUCAAAAUAUUUUUCAAGUGAUCAAUAUACUGGAAUUUAUUUAAUAAAUGAUUCGUUAAAUGGGAAUAAUAAUGUUGAUAUUUAUGAUGAGUUGCUCAAAAGAAAAGAAAAUGAACUAUUUGGAACAAAACAUACAAAAAAUACAUCAACAAAUAGUGAUCCUAUAAGUAAUCAAAUAGAUUUGUUUCAUAAAUGGUUAGAUAGACAUAGAGAUAUGUGUAACAAAAGGAAUAAUAAGGAAGAAAUGUUGAACCAAUUGAAUGAUGAGUGGAAUAAAGAAAAUAAAGAGCAUUUAUUGUAUACAUCAACUAAUGAUUAUAUUAAUAGAAUUAACGAUGAAAAUUAUAAUAUGAUUAGUACAAACACACAUGAUGGUAAUGAUAUAACAUUUCUUGAACAUCUUGCAUCUACAAAUAUUCCUCCUAAUGAUCUUACAACGCAAAAUAAUGGUUCUCAAACAAAAUACUUACGCACAAAUGUAUCUAUAAAUAUACAUUUUGAUGAAAAUAAAAAAAAUAAUAAUGUGUUAACC